CCGCGGCUAUCAUGUGAGGAGCAGGUCGCUGAGGAGAACCGGGCAGACGUUCAGUUUGUGUCGACAUGUGAGGACACUCGCGACAUAUUGUGGAUAGGUGUGCAGUUUCUUGGAGUCUCCACAAUCUGGCUAAGCAUGAUACAUCGUCAUGAGAGUCCAGAACUGACUGUGAGGAAGGAGUGAACAGAAAAACAAAGCAGGAAGAGAGAGAUUUGUCCAUCGGAUCAGAUGGGUGAGACGGAGGAUGAGCGCACAGCGCAGGCCAGCAUGCUCUUUGAGAACUUCGUGCAGACGUCCACCUGUAAGGGGACCCUGCAGGCCUUCAGCAUCCUCUGCAGGCAGAUGGAUCUGGAUCCUCUGGACUACAGCACCUUCUUCAGCUCACUGAAAGCUGCCGUCAGCUCCUGGAAGGUCAAGGCACUGUGGACCAAACUGGACAAAAGGGCUCAGCACAAGGUCUACAACCAGAACAAAGCCUGCCAGGACACCAGGUGCCUGGUCAUCGGCAGCGGCCCCUGUGGGUUACGGACGGCCAUCGAGCUGGCCCUGCUGGGCUGUAAGGUGGUGGUGAUCGAGAAGAGGGACACCUUCUCCAGGAACAACGUGCUCCACCUCUGGCCCUACACCAUCCACGACCUCAGGGGCCUCGGAGCCAAGAAGUUCUACGGGAAGUUCUGCGCCGGCGCCAUCGACCACAUCAGUAUCCGCCAGCUCCAGCUGAUGCUCCUCAAAGUGAGUCUGAUUCUGGGAGUGGAAAUCCAUGUCAACGUUGAGUUUGUCAAGCUUGUGGAGCCACCAGCAGAGCAGACUGAGGACGGUCCUGGUUGGCGAGCAGAAGUCCGGCCCUCCAGCCAUCCUGUUUCAGAAUUUGAUUUUGAUGUAGUGAUUGGUGCUGACGGACGCAAAAACACAUUAGACGGUUUUGGUCGCAAAGAGUUUCGAGGGAAGUUGGCCAUCGCCAUCACGGCUAACUUUGUCAACAGGAACACCACAGCAGAGGCCAAAGUGGAGGAGAUCAGUGGUGUGGCCUUCAUCUUCAACCAGAAGUUCUUUCUGGAACUCAGGGAGGAGACAGGUAUUGACCUGGAGAACAUCGUUUACUACAGAGACCACACCCACUACUUUGUCAUGACGGCCAAAAAGCAGAGUCUGCUGGACAAAGGGGUCAUCAUAAAUGACUACACAGAAACGGAGCGACUGCUGAGUCCCAACAAUGUCAACCAGGAAGCGUUGCUCUCCUACGCCCGUGAAGCAGCAGACUUUGGCACAAACUACCAGCUUCCAUCCCUUGACUUCGCCAUCAACCACUACGGGCAGCAGGAUGUUGCCAUGUUUGACUUCACCAGCAUGUACGCCUCGGAAAAUGCCGCCUUGAUCAGAAAGAAACACGGACACCAGCUGCUGGUCUCUCUGGUGGGAGACAGUCUGCUGGAGCCCUUCUGGCCGAUGGGAACAGGCUGUGCUCGGGGCUUCCUGGCAGCCUUCGACUGUGCCUGGAUGGUGAGGGGCUGGGCACAGGGCAGGAGUCCCCUGGAGAUCCUGGCUGAGAGGGAGAGUAUCUACCGUCUGCUGCCUCAGACCACCACAGAGAACAUCAGUAAAAACUUUGAACAGUACGCCAUUGACCCUGCCACCCGCUACCCCAACCUUAACUCCAGCUGUGUGCGCCCUCACCAGGUGCGUCACCUGUUCAUUGAUGGCCAACAAGACUCAUGUCGCAUGGAAAGAGGACCCACACGUAGAUCAGCGAACUUGUCCAAAAGAGAGUCCGAGGUGCGUCCUGGCCGGCUGCUGACCUGGUGUCAGAAGCAGACUCAGGGCUACAGAGGAGUAAACAUCACCGAUCUCACGUCUUCCUGGAGGAACGGCCUGGCCGUGUGUGCUCUCAUACACCGCCAGAGGCCUGAGCUCAUUGACUUUGACUCUCUUAACGAGGAGGACAUGGCAGGGAACAACCAGCUGGCGUUUGACGUGGCUGAGCGAGAGUUUGGCAUCCAGCCGGUGGCGAGGGGAAAGGAGAUGGCUGCGUCUGAACCUGACAAGCUGUUGAUGGUUCUCUACCUCUCCAAGUUCUACGAGGCCUUCAGGAACUCCCAAGAAAACAACAACGGUUCAAGAGAACCAGAUGAUAAUGGGGAGAAUCCAGCUACACCCAACCACAGAGUGCUGAACCUGCCUCAGUCCAAGAAGAGGACGCCCAGGGAUGAUAAGAAACUGGAAGAAGAUUCUGUCAACAAGAGACAGCGAAAGGGAAACCACUACCUCACAGAGCUGUCUGUCCACAGUGCGCCCCCUGCAGGUGAGAAGGGGGAGCUGCGGGAGAACAAGGUGCGCUCCAUGGCAACGCAGCUGCAGGCCAAGUUCCAAGAGAACUCCUCCACAAAGAGCCGCAGCAAGUCUGACGAGGACCCAUCCGACCCCUCCUCUUCUCCUCCUCUUUCUCCUUCCGUCAGCCCACCUCCUCACUCAGAGGACAAUGAUAGUGAAGGAGAGGAAGAUGAGGACAUGGAUGAGAGGGAAAACCCCCGUUUUGCAAAACCCAAAAAUGUCCCCCUUCCUCCUCCUCUGCCUCCCCCUCGCCCCAAGUGGCAGCCCUCCGUCUACCUCCGCCUCCUGGAGAAUCCCAGCGCUGUGGCUCCACAGAACCCUCCCCUCUAUUCUCCCAGAUCUCCUCACCCUCUCUCCUCCAGUCGCUCCCCUUCGCCCACAUACUCUACCAGGAUCCCAUUAGGUCCUUCCCGCUCCCCCAGCCCUAUUGAACAUUACUCCAGAGGUCGCUUCUCUCCUGACCUGAACCCCGGUCGCUUCUCUGCUUCUGAUAUCCAUCUCUCCUCUGAGAGCUCACAGGAGGAGAUGCAGCAGAGGACAGCCCAGGGUCUGCCUGCUAGAGAGUGUAGAGGGAGGAAUAUAAAGGAGAGAGCGGACCUCCUCGCCUCCAUGUUUCCUGGCUCCAACAAACCUCCUCCUCCUCCUCCUGCUUCUCCUCCUAUUCCUCCCAUUUCUAAAUCUCAGGUGGAGUUACCUACCUCUUCCUGUCGUUCCUUGUCCCUAUCUCCUCCUCCUCCCUCCUCUGUAUCUCAGAGCCCCCCGGUGUACCCUGUGGUCCACCCGGUCCCUGAACCCACCGCUCAGACCGGCUUCUCCUCCUCUCCCUCCUCUCACACCGAUUCUGAGCAAAUCUCUUCUCCUGUUGUCGAUUCCUCCUCAUGCAACAACAAAACCUCUGAUGCCCUUUCUUCCUCUUGCUCUGAAACUUACUGUGAAAAUGGACACAGCAGCUCCUCUCUCCACCAUGCUUCUUUACCGCACAACGAAAACUAUGAGGGAAAAAGUCAAAGUUCUUGGAAAAAUCUGAAAACUGAGCAGAAGAAGAGCUGCAAAAGUGCUCAUGAUGAUACGAAAUUAGACAAAAACAAUCACAUCAAGUGCAAUGGCAGCAACACUAUGGAGAAACCUAAUCAAAUUCAAAAGUCAAUUGUUCGCUCUGAGAGUUGUCCGACAGGAGCUCCUCGUUACAUGAAAGAGCGUACAGUUGGAAAGGUAUCGUCAAUAAUUGAUGCUAAGGCUCAGAAACUGGCCGUCAUGUAUGAGACAGACCACAGGCCCAAUGCAGCGCCGUGUGUGCUCCGUAAGGACUUCGCUCCCGGGCUCGGCGGCAGCGACGUCUGCCACUUCUGCACCAAGCGUGUGUACGUGAUGGAGAGGCUGAGCGCUGAAGGAUACUUCUUCCAUCGAGAGUGUUUCCGCUGUGACGUCUGCAACAGCACUCUCCGUCUGGGGGGGUACAUCUACGACUCAGAGGACGGGAAGUUCUACUGCAAGAUGCAUUAUGCCCAGCGUCAGUCCAGCGAUCACAUGCGGAGGUUCAGAAGGAGAAUUGAGGACCAAAGCCACGUCCCCCCCUUGUCGAUGGACGGCGGGAGCUACUCGGCGACGGACAGCGUGCAGAUGCACCCCCCAGGUGGGGCGUUGAGCUUGCAUUCAGAGCGGAUGAAGGUUGAUGAAGGUGAGAAAAUAGUUCCUGAAGAAACCAAGAUGGAUGUGGAAGCUCUGGAUGAUUCCUGCCUGGCCAAAGCUGCAGCACCAGAUCCUACAGGGGCCAGCGGUCAGAACCAAGAUGGUACCAAAGAUCACAGUAACACCAAGCAGAAUAAUCGAUGGAAACGGAAAAUCAAAGCAACCCUCCCUCUGAUCUUCACCAAGCACUUCCAGAGGGGCUGGACUCAGGACAGAGGCGGCCCGGAGAGCGUCCCUGAAGCCGACUCUGACUUUGAGGAGAUCACUUCAGCGGGAAAACACACUAACUCUGACGCCACUUCAAAGACUCCAGCCGUUACCCAGAAUGCCUCAGACGAGAGUGAGAAGAGUGAAGAGUGCGCGCCUGAGAAAGAUCCUGCAGUCUGCAGCCCGUCUGCCCCGAAGAAACGCUUGGUGCUGUCUCGGUCUGAGAAAGAGAAGCUGCUGAGCUGGGACAUUCAGGCCGCUCCAGAGGAGACGGGGGUCAACACAAACACCAACAACCAACACAAACAACAGGUGGAGGUACCAGCAGAGGCAGAUAAGCUCCAGCCGGACUCGGGCCAGGAUGAGGAAACACCCCCGAGCCAACCCUCCGCCCCCCCCUCCACCUUCCAGCUCAUAGCCAACGCCUUCAGGAGGAGAUUUAGUGUGACCCACCCCUCCAGCAGGACCAACACUGCAGUCACCAUGAGGACCAAAUGUGACGACGGCCCCCGCAAACAGAGGGCCUUUUCAGAGGGAGCGUUGAGCUUCAGCUCCCUCUUCAGCACCGUGGCUCCGGAGCCCUCUACAGAGGAGAAAACCAGCAAGCACCAAGCUCGGGUAGGGUCUGUGGGGGCCAAUCCCUGGGGGGCCGGGCGAGACCUGCCCUCUCUGCUGCAGCAGGUGUCUCUGAAGGGCCGCAGAGACUCUGGAGGGGUGUUCUCUGACGACAUGGCCUCACUGCCCGGCAAGAGGCUCAACCUGUUCUCAUCUCUAAGGCUGAGGAAGAGGGAGGAGUCAGAGAGCGAGGGGCGGGACCAGGAGAUCAAGACCAUCCUCACCAACCUCAGGAACAAAGCCUCCAGCCAACAGAAUCUUGAUGAGCCUUCCUCCAGUGAUGACGAAGAUGAAAACCUGACAUCCAAUCAGAAGCGGUGUCCCGAGAGACAGAGGAGGAAGCAGGAGAAGACGGUGGCCCAGCAGGCCAAAAGGGAGCAGCUGAAGAGGCUCCACAGGGCUCAGACCAUCCAGAGACAGCUGGAGGAGGUUGCAGAGAAACAGAGGGAUCUGGAGGAGAGAGGAGUGUCUAUAGAAAAGAUCAUAAGAGGAGAAACAGAAUCCCCUGAGGUUAGUGAGAGCGACGAGGCCCAGCUCUAUCAGUCCUGGUUCCAACUGGUUCUAGAGAAGAACAGAUUAGCCCGCUACGAGUCUGAACUCAUGAUCUUUGCUCAGGAGCUUGAACUGGUGGACUCACAAAGCCGAAUGCAGCAAGAUCUACGGCACAGGAUGGCAAUUGAAGAUACAGAAAAGAGUGCCUCUGAGCUACAGAGGGAGCAGGAGAUCCUGGCAGAUAUCAUGAGGACGGUGGAGAAACGAGACAUGUUGGUGUCUUUACUGGAGGAGCAGAGGCUGAAGGAGAUGGCAGAGGACCGGGACCUGGAGAGCCUGGUGCUGUCCAAGGGCCACGAGUUCCACUGGGCCCAGGUGGAGGACAGCUGGGGGCCCGAGAAGCUGGCCUGAAGGUUGAAUGUUGAGAAGAAAAGUACUGUAAGGCACUACAUACAGUGAAAAUUAAGCAUACUAGUUUGUGUCUAGGUGUUUCACCACUCUAAAAAGGACAGAGAGGCUUCAUCUAGUCUCAUUUUGUGCUGAUAUGAGAAUGGAAAUGGAACUCAACUAAAGACUCCCUUCACAGCAAUAAGGGCUAAUGACAUCUCUGCCAUUGAGAUGAUUUAACCUCCAGUCUCUGGAGUGUAAUCUGUCAUGGCCCCAGGCCUACACAGCACUGCAACUGGAUGUACAAUAUGUUUAACCACUACUAACAAAUGACUGCCUUUGUAACAUUUGCUCAAACCUCAGAAACCAAACUGACUGCCCAAUCAACAACUGCUCUUUGUGGUUGCUUGCCUUAAGCGUGGAACUGUUGACAGAUGUGUUUUUAAUGGAAAACUGGGUAGCCUCACUGGAUAGCACAUGGAAGGACUCAACACUUUCCCUCAAGUAUUAUUGUUUUUGCACAGUAUGGUUUGUUUUCAAAUGUGCUUUAUGUAAUUCACUGUUGUCACUUUGUAGCUAUGUGUGUGUGUAAACCGGUGUAAACCCUCCUGUGUGUGUUUUAAUAUUGGUAUUUUUCCCUUUGUGCUGGAACACUGUUAAAUUAAAUGGUAUUGACUUCUUAUGCAGUCUAUGAUAUAUACCCAUACAUCGUUAAAUACAGGAGAAAUAGAAUCUUCGCUGCCACAUAUUUGUAGCUAGUUGGUAAGAUGUACCUCUGCCAUGUGGCAAAAAACGUCCCAUUUUACUUCAUUGUGACACAGGUUGCCAGAUAAUUAAACAAUGUAAUCACCGGCAGAAAACUGUAUUCACCAAUUGAAUUGUUCAUGCAUGUUGCACAACUAAUUACAUCCCACUCAGUGAUAUCAAACCUCUUUCUGUGACCUCACUGAAGUUAUUUUUAAUUCAGAGUGAAUUUACGCUGUAGCUAGUGGCUAAUAACUGUAAGUUGAACUGUGAUGCUUUGUUUCGCUGGGUUUCACCAAGUGUAUUGGCUGAUGAAGAUGAAUUAUAUGUUUACAUGAUUUUUAUCCAAGAACAAGGAUCCACAAUUCUCUUUUGGUCCCCGAGCUUUAAAUGUUAUUAUUGUAAAUGUGUUGUUUUAUGCUGCUUUAAUACUUUAAAUUGGAGACAAAUCUUAAAUAAAUCUGAAUUAAAAAAU